AUGGCCCGCGUUGCUGGGCAACAGCUGCCAACACCAACCCCUCGGGAAAAGGCUCUGGAAGGCUCCCAGCGGCAGGGCCGUGGACUCCGGCAGAGAAGGAAGGCAGGUAGGCAGGCCAGCCUUCCCUUGCCAUCAGCCCACCUCCCUCAGCUGCCCCCACUUUCCCCAUCAAUUAGCAACCAUUAGCUCCCCAGCACGUACCAGAACUUGAGGAGCAGCCCCGCGCGCUGCCGCGGCUGGGACACUGCGGCCAAGCAGCCCAGCUGGAAGCAGAGCAAGAGCAGUACCAUCAGCCCCUUCCUCGGGGGGCCCUUCACGCCGCUGCCCUCCGACUACCUGGACAGCUACCGGCGGGCGCAGCUCCAGGCGCUGCUGUCGCAGGUGGGCCCCGCGCUGGCGCCGCGGCCGCGGCGGACCAGCACGAAGGAGGCGGCGGUGCAGGUGAGCCUGCGGGCCGACGUGGCCGUGCAGUGCUCGCUGGGGCCCCGCACGCUGCCGCCGCCCGCGCCUUCAGCCCGCGCCGGCCUGCGCGCCCGGGCCGCCUUCGCCAUCUACUCACCCGCGCCCGACCGCCGCCUCUUCGCGCGCCCCGACGCCGCGCCGCUCCCGGAGAAGACAGAGCCGGCCGAGGAGACCCCGACGGCGGACGGUGGCGAGGAGCAGCAGGAGGGCCCGGCGGGGGCCGCGCUGCCGCCGCGCCAGGAGCCGGUGGGGACGCGGCGGGAGGAGACCGCGGCUCCCAGGCAGAGAGCUGCCUUCCAGUUCUUGGAGCAGAAGUAUGGCUAUUUCCACUGCAAAGACUGCAAGACCAGAUGGGAGAGUGCUUACGUGUGGUGCAUUUCUGGAAGCAACAAGGUGUACUUCAAGCAGCUCUGUCGCAAAUGCCAAAAAGGCUUCAAUCCCUAUCGAGUGGAAACAAUCCAGUGCCAGAUCUGUUCCAAGACUCGUUGCUCUUGCCCUCAGAGGAAGAGACAUAUUGAUCUCAAGAGACCUCAUCGCCAAGAGCUCUGUGGCCGCUGCAAAGGCAAAAGGCUGUCCUGUGAUAGCACUUACAGCUUCAAAUACGUUGUCUGA